AAAUAUGAAGUCAGCGAAGAGAAGAAGAAGGAGCUGAAAGUCGUUCCAGGCCAUACUUCCCCUCAGAACUCACCAGUGAAGCGAAGGCGGGAAGGCAGCCCCGGGGCCAGCCCACAGAUCCUCAGAGGGCGCGGACCCGGAGGAGGCGCCCUAGAAGGCCGCGCCUCUCGGAGGAAGUGUGUCCUUUAAUUGCAGAGCUCAGAUCUCCGUCGCUUCGGCUUCCAGGAGCGGGCAGCGGGCGCCGACGGGAGUGGCAGUCCCUCCUGCCGGGGGAGUGGGCCGGGCAGCCGCGCGCUCAGCAUCCUCCUGCACCUUCCGUCGCCAUGGGCGGCUCGGCCUCCAGCCAGUUGGACGAGGGCAAGUGCGCCUACAUCCGAGGGAAAACUGAGGCUGCCAUCAAAAACUUCAGUCCCUGCUACAGUCGCCAGUACUCCGUGGCUUUCUGCAAUCAUGUACGCAGUGAAGUGGAACAGCAAAGAGAUUCAACGUCGCAAUUUUUGAAGACCAAGCCACCACUGGAGCCUGGAACUAUUUUGUAUGAAGCAGAACUAUUGCAGUUUGCUGAGGACAUAAAGAAAUGGAAGGAGAGAUAUGUCGUGGUUAAAAAUGAUUUUGCUGUGGAAAGCUAUGAGAACAAAGAGGCCUAUCAGAAAGGAGCUCCCCCUAAAUGUCGAAUUAUUCCAGCUGGUGCCAAGGUGUUAACCUCAGAAGAUGAAUACAAUUUAUUAUCUGAUCGGCAUUUCCCAGACCCUAUUGCAACCAGCGAGAAAGAGAACACGCAGCCCUUUGUGGCUCUGCCCAAGGAGUUCCCGGUGUACCUGUGGCAACCAUUCCUCAGACACAGCUACUUCUGUUUCCAGGAGGCUGCCGAGCAGAAGAAGUUCAGCGCUCUCCUGACGGACUGCAUCAGACACCUAAAUCAUGAUUACACAAAGCAGAUGACGUUUGAAGCCCAAGCCUUUUUAGAAGCUGUGCAGUUCUUCCGACAAGAGAAAGGACACUAUGGCUCAUGGGAGAUGACCACUGGGGAUGAAAUCCAGAUCCUGAGUAACCUGGUGAUGGAGGAGCUCCUGCCAACCCUUCAGACAGACCUCCUGCCUAAAAUGAAGGGGAAGAAGAACGACAGGAAGCGGGCCUGGUUCGGUCUCCUCGAAGAGGCCUACAACCUGGUCCAGCAUCAAGUUUCAGAAGGAUUAAGUGCCUUGAAGGAGGAAUGCCGGGCCCUGACCAAGGACCUGGAAGGAACCAUCCGUUCAGACAUGGAUCAAAUUGUGACCUCAAAGAACUUUUUAAUCGGAAAGAUCAAAGCGAUGGUGGCCCAGCCAGCAGAGAGUAGCUGUGCGGAGAGCGUGCAGCCAUUCCUGGCAUCCAUUCUGGAGGAGCUCAUGGGACCAGUGAGCUCAGGAUUCAGUGAAGUACGCUCACUCUUUGAAAAAGAAGUAGAUGAACUUAGCCAGAACUUUCAGACCACCAAAGAUGGUGCCCGGCUAAAGGAGCUUCUGGACCAGCUUAUGAAUCUUCCACUGGAUUCCGUGAAGAUGGAACCAUGUUAUGAUAAAGUCAACCUGCUUCAAGAGCACCUGCAGGAUCUCAAGAGCCGCUUCAGAUUCCCCCACAUUGACCUGGUGAUCCAGAGGACGCAGAACUACAUGCAAGAGCUCAUGGAGAAUGCAGUGUUCACUUUCGAGCAGUUGCUCUCCCCACAUCUCCAAGGAGAGGCCUCCAAAACCGCUGUCGCCAUUGAGAAGGUUAAACUCCGGGUCUUAAAGCAAUAUGAUUAUGACAGCAGCACCAUCCGGAAGAGGAUAUUUCAAGAGGCGCUGGUUCAAAUCACACUUCCCACCAUGCAGAAGGCGCUGGCGUCCAUGUGUAAACCAGAACUUCAGAAAUAUGAGCAGUUCAUUUUUGCAGAUCACACCCAUAUGAUCCACGUUGAGAAUGUCUACGAGGAGAUUUUACAUCAGAUCCUUCUUGAUGAAACCCUGAAAGUGAUAAAGGAAGCUGCUGUCCUGAAGAAACACAACUUAUUUGAAGACAACAUGGCCCUGCCCAGUGAAAGCGUGUCCAGCUUAACUGAUCUAAAAACUCCUGCAGGGUCCAACCAGGCCAGCCCUGCCAGGAGAGCCUCUGCCAUUCUGCCAGGCGGUCCAGAUAGUGAGAUCCUGAGUAACGAGGUAUUCCAGGAGUCAGGGGAAAAGAAGGAGUCUGGGGUCUCCAGUUCUUUGGCCAAAGGAGAAAGCCUUCCUUCCCCUGUGCCCAGCCCGCCCCCAGGCGGGGAUGGGCAGCUCAUCAUUUCAAGCAUGGAUGACCCUGCUGUGAAUCUUGUGGCUGCAGAGGACACAGCAGGGGACCUGGGCACACACUCAUCAGAGCUGGAGUGUGGGGAGACUCCUGAGGACCAAGAACCCCCCCAGGAAAAGCCCGAGCCCACCUCUGCCUCAGGCUCCUUGAAGGAACUCAGAGACCUGUUGACGGUGACCAUUGAAGUACCAGUGGAGUCUGGCAAGCUCGAGAUUGAAGAAGAUACAAACAAGGAGACCCUGGUUCCCCAGGAAAUGGAAAAAGAAGAGGAAGCAACCCAAGUCUGCACAGGGGCCCAUCAAGCAGCUGCCUCCAGUCAGGACGACUAUGCAGAAAGCCAAGUGCACGAGAGGGAGACCCAUCCUCCUGCUCCGGAGGCCGAGGUGGGGGAGGCAAAGUUGGGGGCCCUUCCAGAGGCUCAGCCAGCCUGUGGGGGGCUCGGCGAGGGCACCCGCAGCCCAGGCCCCACAGAGGAGCAAGUAGAGGCCGGGGGGCCCCCCAAAGGGGAGCUUAUCGAGGGGGCUUCCGGACUGGAUGCCCUUGGAGGAGAAGGGGCCCUGUGUGCUGUCGAGGCUGAGGCUGUGCCCCAAGAAGGUUGCAUGUUAAGUUCGGACCCCCUCAGCCCCAAGGAGAGCCAGGUGUCUGUGGGAGAAGAAUUGGUGGGAGGGGAGUGCAGCACAGCCCUGGAUGCUGCCGGCGUGGAUGCAGGGGAGAGGGAGGCUGCCCAUGUUCACCAGUGUCCGUGGGUGGUCGAGAAUGAUCCAAACACCACCAAGACCCUGGAGUCACAGCCAGAGGAUCCCCCAGCACAGCCCUGGGAGGAGUGAAAGGGGCAGUUUGGCGAAAGCCUUUCUCUGAACAAACUCAGACAAAAGAAUAUAGCUAAGGGUACACGUAGGGGUUGCAUACACGUGGUUACCAAAAGAAAAAGAAAAAAAAAGUAUAAAUACUUAAUUUGUAGAAUGAAGCCAGAGGCAAUGCACACAGGGCGUGCGCACUGAGGCAAACCUUUGUGGAAUUGAACUGUUCCACCAUGAAUUAUUGCUUUAGCAUUUUAAUAGGAAUUACAAAGGUAAUGCAGUGUGUGGGCUAGGAGGCAGCUGAGGGUGUGCAGGGAGGGAGCUGCAGUGAAGGUGGACAAAACAGCAGGAGCAUUCUGCACGUUUUCUUCAAAUGCACUUUAAGGCUUUUUAAUUUUUUUUGUAAGAAUGCAAAUGUAUACUGUACAUCCGGCUUUACCUCCCACUCUGCCAACCUCACCAUCUCUUAAGGACUCAGCAUUCAUCCACAGUCAGGCUGGAGGAAGGGGAAGGAAUGAACACCAGACCCCCCCUGCUGUGGGCCACCCCACAGAGCCUGAGGCAUCCUGGGGGAGGCUGCGUGAAACAAAGGACGGUUGAGGUGCGUGGGACUGUCUGGGCCUGUUGCUAAUUCUGCUAUCCAUUUCUUAUUAAUUAAUCUUGUUAAUUCUCAUUAAUUAAUCACUUUUUAGACAAAGUCCGAUGAGCCAAGGAAAUUUCCUUGGCAUGUUUAAGCCUGAAAGCAUUCCAAAUUAGUCUUAGAUGGUGCAGAGAAAGAGCUUAGCUAAAUUAUCAAGCCUAAAGCCUGCCAAUUAAACAAACAUUAUUUGAACAGCUAUUCUACGCCACACGCUGUAUUAGGCACAGUAACAAAAAAAAAAAAAAAAGAAAAGAAAAAAAAAAGAAAAGGUGCUUGUCUAGCAUAAAUGAAAAGGCCCAAAGAAUUUAAUCUAAAAGAAAAAAUAUGGCAAUUUUCAAACCAUGACAAUUUCACCUCUUCCCAUUGAAACAGUCCUGGUUUAUUCCCAGGAGGGAAUAAAGUGCAUAAAUGAAUAAAAUGAGUAAAAAAGAAAUAAAGAAGAAAAGAGGGAAUGAAAAGGGAGAAAGAAAGAAAGAAAGUGAAAAACCAAGCUAUAUACCAUAAAAUUCCAAAGAUGUUGCCAAAAUUGGAAACCAUGAGUUUAGUUGUUCAGCAAGCGGAGCCUUGUUUUGUCACUGAUGCUGGGAUGCUGCGGAGAAGAUGGCCCUGUUCCUCUCUCCCAGAACUUACGCUUUGUUGGAAAUAGACAGAAAUACAUCUUCUCAACGGAUCAUAGCCUUUAACUGGUAAGGCUAAAGGUGGAAUUUGCUUACUUGCAAAAGAUGAGAAAGAUGUGUUCUCUGGUCCUUCAGAAAAAUAUCAGAUCGUUUUCUGAAAACUUUCGUCCCAGUACUGCAUUGUCCACAAAUUCUCAAUAUUAGAUUCCAACCUGCUGUCCUGAGAGCUUAUUUUGAUCAUCAUUGGCAAGUAAGUUUCUCUCCGUUUUUAUAACUGAAUCACUUUAUUGUACAGCAGAAAUUAUCACAGUUCAAUAAAACUUUAAACAGCAGAAAUUAGCACAGUUCAAUAAAACUCUAAACAAGGAAAACAAAAAAAAAUUUUCAACCAGUUUAAAAAAAAAAAAAAGUAAGAAAGAAAGAAUAGAAUUUGUCCCAUAGUUUAAGCAUUUAACCAGGAAUUAAAGUAUCUCCCUCUCCACCUCCCCCUGAGGAAUUUCUUGGAUUUCUAGGUCACAGGGGAUGAAAAAGAAUCAGCAUCUGUUCACUCUCUUGCUGAACCCUUUCAGCUUUCCUGGGUGUGUUGAGAUCCUCACAUCUUGUUAUAGGUAAGGAAUCUUGUUAUAGGUAAGGAAGGUCACUGCAGUGCCCGCACUCACUCAUAUCCUGGCAUCUGGCACAGAAUAUUGCAGUUCUGUUUACUUCCUGUCUCUUCCAGGGGCUCCUUUCUUCAAGGACAGACACUAGGGUUUAGUCAUCCUGUGUACUUCCUGCUAGAAACACACACAGCCUUGAAUGAUGGCUCCCUGGCUUCUCAAGUCACUUUAAUCUCCCCAGUGCCUAACAAGGAACUGCCUGUGUCAGGCUGCUCAGGAAAUGUGAGAACUGAUCACCCACCCCACCACUGUGCUGGGGCUAUUUGGGGCUUGCUGUCAGGCAUGGAGAUGUUUUCACUUUGGCUUUCUGCCCUUGGGGAGUCUUCCCUUAAAUCAAGUCCAAAGUCCAAGGGGCAGGUGGCCAGAUGGUCAGAUGUACUGCCCAGUGAGGCCAGGAGCCAAAGGAGCCAUGCCCAGCCUUGCCAAGGACAGCCCUUCUCUCUGGGGUGACGAGGAGGCAAGGAGGUCCCAGCGCCGGAGCUUCCCAGCUUCCUCCCUUUGCUAACCUCAGGGUUUCUGGCGCACUUGGAAAGCUGAGGGAUUUUUCCAGCCCUCAGCGAGAGGAUGUGUCACUUCAUUGAAUGGAUGAACGUUAGUGCCUUCCCUUUACCCAUCCUUAGGCCAGAGGGGCCAGACACUAAGUGGAAAGACAUAGCUGAGAACACAAAGAACUUUUCUGUGCGUAAUUCUCAAAAGACAAGCCCACUAGACUAAGUCGGAUGAUUGUUCGAUUUGACGAUGGAACAGGAAAACGUGCAUUAAAAAUGUCCUUAUUCAUUUGAACACGUUGUGUAGAAUAGCUUCACGUUACAAUGAAUUUUUCUUACUUUUAGUAUAUAGACUUAGGCAAGUCUGAAUCUGUGUUGCUUCACUGAUUUCCAGUUUGGAGCCAGGUUAUUGUGAUUGAAAUGAGCAACACAAGAAGGCUCAGCAGGCCGCUCUGGGGAUGGCUCCUCUGGGCAGAGCCAUUGGCGAUGCAGAAAACCUCAAGACACGGUUUUUGGCAAAAAUCCCAUGACUUUCAACUAGUUAUUUUACUCUUGACCUUUCACCAAGACAGAAUAUUUUCCUUGAAACGGAGUUAGCUUGUCCUUUUUGCCUUUGCAGCUUAGAAGGCAAGACAGUAGUGCCUUGCAUUAUGCAGAGUAAACCCUCAUUCAAAAAAAAAAA